UAACGGUGUGACCACGUUUUUGGUAUAUGUAUAUAUGACAGAUAAUAUGUCAGAUAAGUUGUAAACAAUUUUAAAAUAUGAUGAACCUAUUUUAUUAAUAACAAAAUGGACUGUGAAGUUUUCAAAAAAUUAUUUACAACAAAUCUAUGUAUCGAUAAUUAUCAACGUCAGGAUAGUACCAUUCAGAUUUGCGGUUAUGUGGAUUCAAUCGAAGGUAUCACGAAAAUUGUACAUAAAACAAUGUGGAGUUUAAUUCUCAACAAUAAUCAAGGACGAAGAGUAAGAGUAAUUUUUUUUGAAGAGCUGGCUACUAUAUAUUCUCAACUUAUUCACCAUCGAUCUAUUGUUACACUCAACAACGCUUAUUGUCGAAAAUGUCACAAUACGUAUGGAAUACUUCAAGAAAAUUUACAUCAAGUAGAGUUAGUUGCAAGGUCGUCCACAAAAAUUUCUCUUAGUUCUAUUAUUUUUGAUAUGAUUCAACCAUUGGAAUGUCAAAUGAUAGAUGUCUUUCGAAAAUAUUCCAUAAAAUAUAUAACUGGGUAUGUCAAAUCAAAUUUUACUCUUAUCGAGAAUCGAAAAUCAAGUUAUCAAUCAGGUGUUGUAACUGAUGGUCGUUUUGAAGUGAAUGUUCGUAUUUUCGAUCAUAAGAUCAACCCGAACAUUAAGAUUGGAAAAUUACUUAUAUUUUUGGCAGAAUCACAAGUUGAUAAUCGAGACUAUUCCAGUUAUUUAGCAGUACCGAAAAUGAGUGAUAUUCGAGUUUUAGAUUUUACCAUGUCUAUAGAAAAUCUUGAGUUAGGAAUCUUAGCUCCGCCAAGAAACCUAUUCUAACAUUUUUUAUCAAAUCUCAGAAUUUAAUUUCAAAUAAAAAUUGAAUAUCACAACAAAUAUCUGAUACUCAAAUAUAACAGU